CUUCUUAAACUCGCCGAGCUUCAAAAGAAGACAGUGAUCUUCAGCACGAGUUAUCGUCUACAACCCUUAAACUACGCAUCAAACAGAUGGGAACAGGUAAAGAAACCUUACUUUGUGACACAUCUACAGGUAGGGAUCGCCCAAUCGUGCCGAAACAUUAUCGACGCAAUGUCUUCAACACAUUGCACAAACUUUCGCAUCCAGGUGUUCGUGCAACCAUCAAGCUUAUAGCAGAAAGGUUUUGCUGGCCUGGAAUGAAUAAAGACGUGAGGGAGUGGGCACGCUCCUGUGUAAGCUGCCAAAAAUCUAAGGUUAUCAGACACAAUAAAUGUCCCUUAGGCUCGUUUAAAACUCCCGAUGCCCGUUUCGACCAUGUUCAUCUGGAUUUGGUAGGACCUUUACCAGAUUCAAAUGGAUACUCUUAUCUCUUAACCUGCGUUGACCGUUUCACUCGAUGGCCAGAAGCAGUACCUAUUAAGGACAUCACUGCUGAAACAGUGGCCCGCACCUUCGUCGAACGAUGGGUAGCAAACUUCGGUUGCCCUUCAACCAUCACUACAGACCGCGGACGUCAGUUUGAAUCUGAUCUUUUCCGUCGUCUGACCACACUUUUAGGAAUCACUCGCUUCCGAACGACCGCCUACCAUCCACAAGCAAACGGGUUGGUAGAACGUUUUCACCGACAACUGAAAGCUUCGCUAUCAGCUGCAAACGUUUCACAAUGGACCGACGCUCUUCCACUCGUCUUACUAGGUAUCCGCAAUGCAGUGAAAGCUGACAUUGGAUACACUGCGUCUCAACUCGUUUAUGGAACGACACUUUGACUUCCAGGAGAAUUCGUGGAUCCUUCGUCCUGUUCAAUGAACAUGGAUCUAACCUCCUACACGAACAGGCUUACAAACGCAAUGCGUUCAGUUAAACCUGCUUUCACUCGACCUCAAUCAACUGAUGUUUUCGUUCAACCUGGCUUACGAUAUAGUACACACGUUUUCAUUCGUCGAGACUCGCAUCGACGACCAUUCGAAUCAGCAUACGAAGGACCCUUCAAAGUUCUUCAACGUGAAUCUAAGUACUAUAUAGUCGAUAAGAACGGAACAAACGAUAGCAUCAGCAUCGAUCGCUUAAAAGCAGCGUAUUUAGAAGGAAAUCCUAUCCACGUCGAUUUUCCUUCGGUACAAUCGAACGACACGACUCCGACACUUACAAUACCUCAUCCGACAACCAACACACACGAUGAUACUUCGACAGUAUCCGAAAAUAAACUUAAAACGACGCGUUCUGGAAGAAGGGUGAGAUUUCCAGAACAUUUAAACGACUAUUGCACGUAAGGCACUUCUCGAAAUUUUAUAUUUUUUUAAAAAAAAAAAACAAUUUUAAUAUGCUUAUAUAUUUUUAUUUCUAUUUAAAAAAAACAAAACAAAAAAACAAUUUUUUAAUGCUAUUACGUGUUCAUGAGUUUAUUUUCCAUUUUUUCCGCCGACAUUGUGUUUUUACGCACAUACGAGUGUAUUUCGACAUGCACUUACAUUUUCUUUUUUCUUUUCCAGGACGGCUGGAAAAGAACGAUGACGUUUAUGAGGAUCCGAAAUUUUCAUUGUACAUUUUCUUUUUUUACUAUGUUGUACCUCCGUCCCAUAUAGUAAGGAAAGACGACCAGACGCUGCUAAAUUUAGUAAGCUAUCAGAAGAGUGUUUACCAGCGACAAACUCGUUGGGUUUAAACUUCUGGCUGGCCACGUCUUAGGGUCGUCACUGCCCCACUAGGGGGGAGUGAUCUGUAGCGGUAAAUAAAUCCCCAAAAUAAAUAGCAUUAAGUUUUCGACAUUGGACGCUGACCAUAUGUUUUAGUGGACUCAUCUAGCUGAAGGCACUCGGUCAGGCAUCCGCACCAGAUCACGUGUGGUAACGCCGUGCUCAACAUCAACCGCAAUCGCUAGCCAGAUUAGAUCAGAGAAUUCCGAUAUAUUGGUCAUCGCCAAAUAUACUCUUCCGGUCUCCUC